ACAGUGCGUGCUAUCGCCAGUGCUAUGCUAGAAUGACUGGAUGAAUCAUAAAACCAGUAGGGUCUACGAAUAGUGACUACGAAGGAGUGGUUGGUAUCUCGCUUCGCGAAAUAGAGAUUUUUCAUUUUGUGUGAAUAAUAGGAAUGGUAUCUGACUAAAUCUGACACAUUAUCUGCUGGUCGGACACAGGCACUGUUGUUGUAAACGCUGAAUUAUCGAGUGACGUGUUGAGUAUCGUUACACGUAACUUACAUUACGUGACGGCGAUUCUGUGAAUGGUGAAACGGCCUGAACAAGUUUGGAGGGGCAUUUUCGACAGUGAACUGUUUCACCAUCUGAAUCCACUGACUGGCAUUCUAAUAUAAAAUAAAUGAAUCUUGAAAUCUUGACUCCAACGGUUUCGAGACAACUCAGCCCCAAGACAACUCGGCCCCAGCACAUCUCGGACCCAGGACAUCUCGGACCCAACAACGGACAACUCGGACCCAACCCUGCCAUCUGGGACAGGAUGCCCAGAUUCUGAAUUUCUACAUCCCAGGCCUAACAUCCAGAGGUGACAAAAAUCAAAAUGCUUCAGUACUAUGACCUUAGACUACAUAGGGCAAAUAGAGUGCUGAGCAAGUUGAUAUCUGGUUCAAAAGUUCCAGACCUGCUAAAAGGAACUGGAACUGCCUUACAUUUCAGCCACACAAACUUUUGGCCCUCAAGGGCCGGUCAGCAAAUAAUGUCUUCUCAAGUUCCCAAUGGAGAUGUGACGACAAUUUCAGAAGUCAAGCUCAAUGUGUAUGAUAUGUACUGGACCAAUGAGUACACAUCAACACUGGGAUUAGGAGUGUUCCAUGCUGGUGUUGAGGUCUACGGAAGAGAGUAUGCCUUUGGUGGCCACCCCUUCCCUUUUACUGGAAUAUUUGAGAUUGAUCCCAGGGAUUGUGAUGACCUUGGUGAACAGUUUCAAUUCAAGGAGUGCAUAUCCCUCGGAACCACAGACCUACCGGAGGAAGCAGUCGUCAAGGUUGUGGAUUGCCUGGGCAAGAAAUACCCCGGCGAUGAGUACCAUCUUAUACGCAAAAACUGCAACCACUUUGCUCAGGAAUUAGUUCAGAUCCUGUGCCGGAAGGACAUUCCCAGUUGGAUCAACAGACUGGCCACAGUGGGAGCUCGCCUGCCCUUCAUGGAGAAGAUGCUCCCCAAGGAAUGGCUGACUCCCCUUGCCUUGGAGACGUCCAUCAAGGAACCGGAACCGGCCCGGAACACAGGUGCUACAAGUGCUGGUAGCUGAUGCUUGAGGUUCGCUUGCAGCCAAACUGUAUCAUAAGUUUUGUUUGAUCUUCCUAUUUGUAAAACUAAAACAAAACGAAAAAAAGAAGUGAAGAGAAAAAAACAAGAGAGGAUGCUAUAUUUAUUUGGUGACAGGAGUUUUGGAGAGAGUUGCCCAUGUGGUGUACAUGUACUUGAACACAGCAGAAUGCUGCACACAAUUUUUGCUGUAUCAUCAGUGAUAUGUCACUGUUCAGUAGCUUUUCUAUAUCCGUGAAUGGAAAGAUGUGGCAGUAAGUUUUACGAGUGGGAAAAUUCUGUUGGAUGUGUAUUCAAAUUGGAAAAUGAUUGCAAUAAAAGCACUAUGCAUAGUGGUAUUAUUACAUGUGCAUGUACAUGCACAUGUAUGUACACACAGUAGCAUACAUACCUGCACAUUGCACAUGUACAUGUAGGAUGACAAAAUUAUUAUAACCAUUUGCAAGCAAUGCAGAACAAUUUAUUUAUACUUUUCUUGGCAAUAUUGUAUGCUAUUUUGAUAUUUAAUUCUUGACCUUCUCCAAGAAGUGAGUUGUAAAAGGAAGUUGCCUUAGGAUUCAAAACAAAACAGCAAAUUAUUGCAUAUUUGGUAUUUGUAGUUGUGUUAAUCACUGUGAGCUUUAUUACAUGAAGCAAGAUUUAUCUACAUGUAUUCAGCAUUGUUGCUUGCAGUUCUUUCCUUUUUUCCCUUGAAAGAACUUGAAUAAUAUAAAAUGUGUGGAAGCUGAUGUUUUUUUAGUUGUUUUUGAACCCUGCAGAAAUAAUUUCAUUAGUUUGGACGUUUUGAGUUCUUCAGACAAAGGUUUUAGUACAUCCUGGAGGUAACUACAUGUACUACAUAAUGUACACCCAAACACUUUGAAUCAGUUUUCCUGCAAGCCUGGUCAAGAUGUCUCCUAUCUGUUUGACUCAGUGAAGUCAGAAUGACACUUGUAGAUCUAAGAUAUAUGUACAAAGUAUUUUGGGUCUAGGUAUUAGAGGUUUGGCAAGCUUCAGAGGUGUAAAUCCCAGGGAGGGGAUGUGCAGUCAAAUUUGGAUGGGGGCGGGGAAAUCGACUGUUGCAUCAUCCCUCUUAUACUUUUUCACGGUGAGAAAAAAGCAAAAUCUGAGGGUUUUUAAACUUCUGAACAACUGAAACUUUUCCCAGUCAUACUAAGGGGAGAAAAAGUACAAACGCUUUUAAUACAUUAUCUGUUCUGUUUUAAGCACUCCUUGCCAGGGAUUCCAGAUCCGGACAAAUAUGCUUUAUAUGCGUGAUCGGGGUCUCCGAACUCGGACAAAGGGAACAGGGCCUUGUAACAAAAGAUCGUACU